AUGAUUGAUUGGGUUGAUGUUGAUGUUCAUGAUGAAGGUGACGUUGCAAGACAAGUGGAGGAGGGUCAGGGUGAUGGUGAUGGUCAAGUUGGAACAGAAAUGGAGGAGGGCCAAGGUGAUGAUGAUGGUCAAGUUCUAAGACAAAUGGUGGAGGGUCAAGGUGAUAGUGAUGGUGAAGUUCUAAGACAAAUGGUGGAGGGUCAGGGUGAGGUUCAUGCUGAAGUUGGAACAAAAAUUGUGGAGGGUGAGGGUGAUGCCAAAGUUGGAACACAAAUGAAGGAGGUCGACAGUGAUGUUGCUAAAGAGAUGCAGCAUGUAGUUGGUCAUGGUGGUAGUAAUAGUAAUGAUGUAGAUGAGACUGAGCUAGAGGAUGUAGAAGAGGAUAAGGAUGUAGAUGAGGCUGAGGAUGAGGAUGUAAAUGAGGCUGAAGAUGUAAAUGAGGAUGAAGAUGUAGAUGACAAUGUUAAUGAGGAUGAAGAUGUAGAUGAGGAUGUACAUGAGGAUGUUGAAUGUGAGUCUGUCAGUCAAGAAAGUCUAGUUGAUGUCACCAUUCAGUGUGACAUUGGGACUUCUAAAGGAAAUGUGAGGGAAGAACCUUGCACUCCAUUAGGUGAGUGUUCACGAACAACUGAUAAUGAUUCCAUUCAUGAUGUUCGUGGCUUAUCUGACAUUGAGUGA